GCGAGGGGACAAAUGCUGGUGCUCCCGUGCGCCGCCAUGGGGAGUCCGGAUCCGGAGGUCGCGUGGGUGCUGCCCAAUAAACACGUUGUGCGACCAUCGCCGUCGCCGUCGGACGGGACGUACGUGGCCGACAACGGCACGCUGGUGGUACCAGAGGUCACCGAAGGCGGGUUUUACCAGUGCGUCGCUAUCAACAAGUUGGGCACGGAGCGACUGGUCCACAAAGUGAAGGUCACCGCGGCAAGCGGCGAGGGUGGGCGCGUGACGAAUGAGAUCGUGGAGAGUGUGGAGAUGGUGACCUCGGUCGCGCCGCCCACAAGAGCGCCGGAUGACCUCGCCGCCGGGCGUUACAUUCUACAGGAGGUCACAGAGGGGCAUGGAGUGACGGUGAGGGCCCGGCACACCGCGCCGGGGCCAAGCGUUGCGAUGCAGGGACGGCGCGAAGGACCGACGAGCGCCACGAUGGAGAACAAAGACCUUGACAACAACCUCAAUGAUGAUGAUGAUGACGAUGAAGGCGAGAGAUCGCUGAAGACGGAGACGAAAACUCUCGGUUCCCGCAAUCGAACUCACUCAACACUGUCGAGAUUUGACCCUGGCUGGUGGGCGAAGGUGCUGGAGAAUGUCCGCAACAAAAUAAGUCCCCGAGUGAGACCCACACUGUCGCUGCUGCCCCACACAAAGCCACCACACACAACCUCUCCCGCCAGGAUAGAGGAGGAGGAGGAGGAGGAGGGGGAGGAGGAGAAGGAAGAGGAGCAAGAGGAGGAUAAGACAGAGGAGGGUAACAAGGAUAUGAACUCAGUGGAGGAGGGAGGUGGGAGGUCGCGGGCCAAUGAUGAAUUGACACGUGGGAGCGAUGGUAGGGCCGAGGCUGAGAACGAGGAGUCGUCGGCGGACGAUGUGGACGUGGCCGUCACUAAGUUUAACUCCAACCCCACGCCACAGACUCCAUAUCUUCCUACCACUAGACCGGGAAUAGUUUAUGUACCCCGUGCUGGCCUUUCACCACCCAUCAACCGGAUCUUCACACCCAAGCCACUGGGAGAAGACAGUGCGAUGGAGCCCAACUACGAUCUGAAUUCAUUCUCAGACGGUACGGACGGCCAGCGGGCCAAAUGGCACGACAUCCGUCCGACAGAAAAAAGUGAUACGGCCACCGUUGCACAUAUUGGGGGUGAGCAUCAAGACUUUAAAGAGGAGGAAGAAGAGGAGGAAGAAGAGGAGAAAAAAGAGGAGGAAAAAGAGAAGGAAAAAGAGGAGGGAGAAGAUGAUAAAAAAGAGGAGGAAAAAGAGGAGGGAGAAGAGGAGGGAGAAGAGGAGGAAGAAGAAGCAACAAAUUCCUUCCACCAAGAAGAGAUGCACAUGGACAGACAUCACAUGCAAGAUCCAACUGCUCGCACAGCCUCACGGGAAAAUGCAGCCACGCCCUACGAGCCUGGCGUGGAUGAACUUGAUGGUGGCAGCGUAGUGAGGGACACGUUCAAUUCCCCUCGCACGGACGAACCAGAGGCUCCGACCAAAUCACAUGCGGCUCUCCCCGGGGACAAAAGCGCGCUCGCCGAGGCCACCUCUGUCGAUGGUCGAGUGUCAUUGCUCGGGAAGCAUCGCCCCGGCGACAGCGGGCAGCCAAGCUCCCGGGGCAACUCGGUCGAGACGAGCAAGGGCGGCGGCGCAGGGAGUGAAGGAGGUGGAAUGAGAACUGGAGCGCGGGGGAGCGCUUACGACAGGACGCUUGGCCAUAGCGAGGAGGUGGAGCGAAGGUAUGGCCCGCGCAUGACGCACCGCUUGGGGGAGACGCCGGGCGGAGCGGCCGGGCGCAAUGUGGAGGCCGCACAGCCCACGCAGCCCACUGGAAAAAUGGACAGUGGUGCCACGUUGGGCCGAGCGGACAACAUAGGCAGAUCGGGCAGGCACAGGGUAGAGACUCAGGCCGUCAUUAUGCCAAGACCAUCGCACGCAUUCCCCGUGCAGGGAGGGAGGGAUGAGCAGUCGCAACAGGUGGGUGGAGCAAGCACAGGGCAUGUGGCACGGAUGCACGGGUCGGCAGGCAAUCGACUCCAUUUGGGAAUCGCACGGGAAGAGAGGCCGCUUCACCCCGGCGGUGUGCAGGGAAUUAAUCACUCGCCUCGCAGGACGCACAACCCCAUAACUCAUAAGCCGCAAUCUCGGCAGUUCCACCCACAGCAAUCUUGGCAAGAACAUCACCAUCGCCACAGCAACCACUACGUGCACGGUUACUCUCCCGCGCGAUAUCACCCGCUUUUGCCAAAACUCUGGAAUUUUUACCCGAAACGGUUUAACGGAGCGGUGACAAACAGACCUGAAAUCACGGCGCUGGUUGCAAAACCCACGCCACCUUUCCGCAAGGUGAUUUCGACCGAGCUGGAGGAUGACAGGACCAGGACAUUUUGGAAUCCACUUCCGCCAAGGCCGCACAGCGCCCCGAGGGUCGCCGUUAACUCCCUCGGCACCACUCUGACAGCGACCGAACGCUUUGAAAAUUCCCAGGGCGGCGCUGGAGUUCAGAGGUCAAAAAAUUGGCACCCAAGCAGACGUGGCUCUGGAAAUCACGUCAGCGGUGCCCUGACCUCGGAAGCGAAAGCCAUAGAACGCCCCAGACAAGCUUCGCCGCGCUCACAAUUACCAAAUCUGGGCCCGAGAGGAGGCAUGAGGCCCACGCAGCAGCUGCCGACACCGCCACCGUUGGCGCGACUCACGCCGCUCCGCCCCGGCUUUGCCCGGCGCUUUGGGGCGACGGGUUCGGGCGGCGGCGGUUCCGACGUGGGGCACGCGCGGAGAACCGACGGUUCGGACGCGGGAGCCUCCAACGAUGUUGUGUUGGACAGGCGAGGGGUGGCUGAGGAGGCGCCGAGUGUCACCACGGCGGCGGGAGCGGACGCGUUCCUCCCGUGCGGCACCGUGGGGGGCGGUGGCUCCAUGGACGUGCGCUGGAUCAGGGCGAGCACAGGAUCCAUCGUCGCAUCCUCCUCUGCCCCCUCCGGCCGCCGCGUGGUCGUCCUUCAUGACGGCACGCUCGCCGUCCGCUCCGCCUCUCCCGGCGACGCCGACCGCUACACCUGCGAGACGCCGACGGGUGGCAGCGGUACCGACAGGGCGACCGUUGCGCUGCGCGUGGAGUCACACCCGCCCCGGGUGCUGUCCCCCCGCUGGCGCGAGCUCCGCGUGUCCCCGGGCGGCACCGCUGAGGCCGAGUGCGCCGCGCAGGGGAGCCCACCACCCGCCAUCUCGUGGAUGCUGCCCGAUCGUUCGUCCGUGGCGGUGGCAGCGGCAGCAGUGGCGGCGCAAGACGGCGGCGGCGAUGGGGGGCGCGUGUCCGUGUCGGAGCGGGCGACGCUGAUUGUGCGUGACGUGCACCCGUCCGACCGCGGCGACUACUCCUGCGUCGCCAGCAGUGCGGCCGGCACCGACGCUGUCACCGUCCACCUGCACGUGCUCCCUGCCAGGCCGAUGGUGGUGCGUGGUGCCACCACCGUGUCAGUGGCGGCCGGGCGGCCGCUCUCGCUGCCGUGCACCGCCUCCGGGUGGCCGGAGCCAGCCGUGAGCUGGGCGCUGCCGGGGGACGGCGGGCAGCUGCUUCCCAAUCAGCGGAGUGGCGCGGGGUCGGGGGCGCGGGUUUUCGCCAAUGGCACGCUGCUGGUGCCGGCGGCAAUGUGGCGCGACGCCGGCACGUACAAGUGCACGGCCGCCAACGUGGCCGGCGUCGACAGUGCUGCCGUCAUCGUCACGGUGCUGGGGCCGCCCCGCGUGGCGGCGCCGCCGCCGGGGGACGUGGCCGUGCCUUACGGGGGCGCCCUCCGCCUGCGCUGCGUGGCCGAGGGAGAGCCGCGGCCGGUCGUGGUGUGGCGGCUGCCGUCAGGCGGGACGGCCAGCGCAUGGUUCGCUGCGGAUCGCCGCAUGCGUGUGCUGCCCGACGGCAGCCUGGCGCUGGAUGGCGUGGUGGCGUCUGACGCGGGGCGCUACAUGUGCACGGUGCGCAACCGGCACGGGGAGGACAGCGCUACAGCCACUGUCUCCAUCACGAUGCGCCCGGCUCGCAUCGAGCGCCACUCCGGGGACACCCGAUCCUCCGGUGGCAGCAGCGGCAGCGUCAAACAGAGCGUGCGUCACGGCGCCAACCUCCGCUUCGACUGCGUGACCUCCGGCUCGCCGCAACCCCGCGUCUCAUGGAGCCUCCCCGACGGCGCGGUGGUGCCGGCCGAUUUCAGAGCCCAAGCCAGCGGCGACGGUGGUGCCGCGGCGAUGUUGGCUGCAGGCGGCGCUCGGCGGUACGCGGUGUUCGGCAAUGGCACACUGGCGCUGAGCAGCGUCGGCCUGGCAGACAAAGGGGACUACACGUGCUACGCGGAGAAUGCCGUGGGCUGGGACGCCAUGGUGGUGCACGUCGCCGUCGAGGGACAGGCCCCACAGAUCCAGGACAAGCCAGAGCGAGCGGUCGUGCGCAUCACGUCGGGAGACUCUAUCGCCCUCGAGUGUCGCGCUUCGGGCGACCCGGCCCCGCUCAUCACGUGGCGACUUCCCGACGGCUCCCAGCUCCCACCGCCAUUGUCGCUGCCUUCCUCACCGCGAAGGCCUCGCUCGCCACGCACUCCGGGCCAAGAGGCUCCGCGCCGGGCGGCGCUGUCGGUGCGUGGGAAAGACUCGGCAUUGGAGGUGCACGGGGCGCGGAUCGCCGACGCUGGGCGCUACGUGUGCGUGGCGCAGAACGCGGCUGGCGAGGACUCGCGUGCCGUGCGGCUCGAUGUGCUGCCAGCGCCACCCUCCAUCAACGGACGCACCGGCACCAGCCCCGAGAUCAAGGACUCGGUGCCGCAGGGUGCGCGCAAGCUGCUGCCCUGUGCCGCGGACGGAGACCCCCAACCCCACGUCGUGUGGAUUACGCCCUCCGGCGCCUUCCUGCCGGUGCCACACUCCUCCGGCCGCCUGCUUACCCACGCCAACGGCUCUCUGGAGAUCCGCUCGGCGGCGCGCUCCGACGCCGGGCGCUACGCGUGCGUGGCGCGCGGGGCCGACGGCAGCAGGGACGCCCGCCUCUCGGUCGACCUAACCGUGAUGGGCGCCCCCGCCCCACCCUCCUUCCUCGCACCCACCACCGAGCGUGUCGAGGUCGCCCCAGGGGCCUCCGUGGCGCUGGCCUGCCCGGCGCGUGGGGAGCCGCCCCCGCAGACGACGUGGACGCUGCCCGGUGGUGCCCAGCUGGCCCGCGGCAGCAACCGCGGCGCGCGCUUUUCGGCGGGCCUCGACGGCGCCCUGCUGGUGCGUGGCGCGACGCUGGCAGACACCGGCGUCUACCGCUGCUCGGCACGCAGCCCGAGCGGCGUGACCGACAGGGUGGUGCUGCUGGAGGUCGGGCCGCAGCCGCGGAUCACGUGGAUAUCAGGCAGCACCGUCGCGGCGCUCGUCGGCGACACGCUGUGGCUGCACUGCGUUGUGGCCGCCGGACGCGCAUCAUGGCGGCUGCCGAGCGGCGUCACCGUUGAGGUCCCCCGCACGAGCGGCCGCUACACGCUGUUCGCGAACGGCACGCUGUCGGUGCGCGACGGCUCGACGCGCGACAGCGGCGCGUACGUGUGCACCGCUCGUGGGGCCGCCGGCACCGCCGCCGACGGGGAGAGCCGGACGGUGCGGGUGGUGGUGGUGGCGCAGGCCCCACGCAUCGUGGACGGGCCGCCCCCCGCCGUGGUGGUGCUCCGCGGCGCUCCGCUGCGCCUGCCGUGCAUGGCGAGCGGUGCCCCCGUGCCCGAGGUACGGUGGGAGCUGCCAGACGGGGCGCGGCUGUCGACGGGGACCCCGGCGGCGCACUCAGCGCGGAGCGGCCGCUACGUGCUCGCGCGCGGCAUGCUGGUCGUGGCGGCGGCCGCGGUGCGCGACGCCGGCUUCUACCGAUGCUCGGCAAGGAAUGCCGUCGGGGAGGAGUGGCGGCGCACGAGCGUGCGUGUGGUGUGACGCGGAGUGUGGGGGCCUGGCCCUCGGGGCGGCCGCCGGCGACCAUGGAGAGACUCCAUUUGGGGGUUCUGAGUUCACCUCUCGAUCACAAAAUUGGCGGAGUUUUAUUCAAUAGGGAUUUUGGAGGAAAUUAAGCAGCAGAUAAAAAACUAAUUAAUUCAUCCUUUAAAUAAAUGUAUCUCACGCACAGGAAAUAAAUGUAUGCCGUCUUUUAAACUUCACGGAUUCACUUAAUUUACAAUGCAGAGAAUACAGUUUAGGCUGACUCCCCCUCUCUCUUGCCUAUGGCUGGAAGAAUCAACCUAUCCACAUUAAUAAACCAGGAAAGGGCUUUAAAUAGGCUAAUGUGACACGUUAUGUCCAACCAUGGAUGGUUACUUAUUGUGAUACUUUGGUAUAAAUGCACGCAUAAAUUACAAGACGCAAUACCAGGUGUGUCCGUGACAGAGAAACGAGCCGCUUGGGAGUAUAAAGAUGUCACUCGACUCAUGCAAAUACCUGGGGACCACAGUGAGGCACGCACUACUGGGUGUUAUUGACAAUUAGAUUUUUAGUACAUUAUUGGUUCGCUGGUUGAAAUUCUUACCUUUCCGAUACAUGCGUCAAUAUUGUUUGUAAUUUGAGAAAAAAAAAAUGUGCAUGCAGAUGUUACUUGAUUUUUAAUGUUUUUGGAAUGAAACAUGCAAGACGGAACAAGCCAAACUCAGCAAUCAUUGGAAAGAUGUCAUCAACCACUUUGGGUCAUGACUUGACUUGUGUUUUCUUGGCAACCCCCACCGUCAGCAGUGUAGAGCGAGGUGCAAUGAUUGCCUGGCGGCUCUUUGAUUGGUGGACACCCACUGCCGGUUAAUUGCUUUCUCCUACAUUAACAUUAGCUGCCCCGCCCAUGCUGCUGACACACUUGGGCUGCGCCCAUCUCUAAACCUUUAUAAUCAGUUUGCCUUUAGAGGCUAACCCCUCUUUUCCUGAUGACGCCUGCUUGUGUUGUGAUUGAAACGUUGUGGUUUUUUAAAAAUAUUUUUCUAAUUUUUCUAUCUACGUGACUUUACCGAAAGAACGUAAUAACAGACGGAAAGGAUUUGAUUCUUGAAUUUAAUUUUGACGAUCCCUUGAUUCAUUCAUGACAAUUCCUCGAAUCAAUCGGGACGAUGGCUCGAUUUAUUCAUGACAAUUCCCCAAAUAGAUUGUGAUAAUCCCUAGAUUCGUGACAAUUCCCCGAAUAUUCUUAGUUUUUUCGGUAAAGUCACGUUGAAGAGAAACAACAAAAUAAUAAUUUAUUUUGUUUAAUUUAUUUUGUUGUUUCUCUUCAACGUGACUUUACCGAAAAAACUAAGAAUAUGAAUUACUGCAGUCACGAAAGCUUUAAAUCAAAAUUUAAAUUCCCCGAAUAGUUGGUGGCCAUUCUACAGAUCAUGGGCAGGGGGGGUUGCUGUGGGAGUGAAGUCAUCGUUGCUCUCCCAUUAGGGGUUAUGUGUUUGUACUCUUAGCUCUUAUGGAAAAUAUUAAAUUUACACUUUUUAUUUUUUUUAAAGCAAAUGUAUUUUAAACUGUAUUGGUGCUUAAUGUGUGCAUUGCAUGCACAUGUUUAUGAGUAUGAUAUUAAGGUAACGGAAUUGCUUUAAAACGACCAUGUAUUAUAACGUGUUAACUUAACUCUAGACUAGAAGAGGGGGGUUGUAUAAUUUUAUUUAAUGUUUUAUAUGUUAAAUCUAUGCAUUUUUUCUGAAAAUAACUGCAGGAUCGAAUUUGUAAACCAGAAAUAUUCUGUGGAAAAAUAUUAAACUUUCUCUUCA